AUGAGCGAGAGUGGAAAGCACACGCCCAAGCGUCUCAUGGCCCUGCGCAACCAGAGCGAUGGCGCCACUGCAGCUUCCUCAAGCACCGACCGUGGCCAUUUGAAUGGCGGUGAGCUGGCCGCCAAGGUGGCUCGCCUGCAGUCGGACCCUACCAAGGUCCACCUGAACGACGUGUCGUACCCGCCGUCGCGCGACGAGCUGCAGCGCUUUGAGGAUUUGCCGCUCAACGAACUGCCGCAGACAUACAAGCGCGACGUCCACCAGCGCGUGUUCUGCAACCGCAGUGUUGACUUGAGCAGCAUCCACUAUGUCGGCUUUGACAUGGACUACACCCUCGCCGUCUACAAGGAGCCUGCAAUCUACGAGCUGACGUACGGCCUCAUCCUCUGGCGCCUCCAGGAGGCUGGGUACCCCGAUGAGAUUGGCGGCUUCAAGUUUGAGCCGUGCCGUCGUCCCCUAUCCGCGGCCUUGUCCUCGACAACAUCUACGGAAACCUGA